CCGUAUUGGUAUUUUUUACUGCAGUAAAGGAUCUGAAUGUUUCUUCCACCACUGAUUAUUCAACGCUGAAAAGUUAAUAAUUUAACUGAAACAUGCACAUUAAAUUAACAAGCUUUUCCUUCAUGGUUCCUCUCAGCAGGUCAAAGUCUAGAAGGCUCCACUCAGCCUGGAUGAGGAUGGCGUUGCAGCGGGUGGCGGUGGUCGGUGCCGGGGCGGCGGGACUCUGUGCAGCCAGACACAUCCUGUCCCGUCCCAACAGCUUCGAACCUCCGGUGGUGUUCGAGCAGAGCGACAACAUCGGCGGCACCUGGUGCUACGAGGAACGCGUCGGCACGUACGACAACGGACGGCCGAUUCACAGCAGCAUGUACAGAAACCUCAGGACCAACCUGCCCAAAGAGGUGAUGAUGUUUCCCGACUUCCCCUUCGACCCGCAGCUCAGCAGCUUCCUGCCUCAUCAAGAGGUUCAGAGAUACCUGGAGAGAUACUGUCAGAGCCACGACAUCGGGCCCCACAUCCGGUUCAACACCGUGGUGGAAAACGUGAAGCCCGUCGUCGUGACAACAGGCGACAAGGAGAAGAAAACAACAUGGGAAGUGACGUCAUCUGAUUCGUCGGGUUGUCAGAAAACGGAGACGUUCGACUCGGUCUUCGUCUGCUCGGGGCAUUACUCUGACCCUCACAUCCCAGACAUACCAGGGAUAAAGAACUUUAAAGGAAAAGUGCUUCACAGUCACGCGUACAGGUGUGCGGAGACGUUCUCGGGUCAGUCGGUGGUGGUUCUGGGAGCCAAAGCUUCAGGACUGGACAUCAGCAUGGAACUGGCUAAAGCUGGAGUUCAGGUGACUCUGAGUCACGGUCGUCCUCGUUUCACCUUUCCUCUUCCUCCUGGGAUUCAACAGUCCAGUCCGGUGGUCGCGGUCGAGGACGACGGCAGCUUUCGCUUUCAGGACGGCUCGGUGGGCAGCGCUGACGUCCUGCUGUUCUGCACCGGAUACAACUUCAGGUAUCCGUUCCUGGAUGCGGCUCAGCUGGGUCUGGAGAUCCAGGACCACAUGGUGGCUCCUCUGUACCGCUUCAUAAUGCCCCCCGCCUUCCCCUCGCUCUUCUUCAUCGGCAUCUGCAAGAUCAUCUGCCCCUUCCCAAACUUCGACUGCCAGGUCCAGUUCUCUCUGGCCGUGUUGGACGGCUCGGUCACGUUACCGUCUCGGGCUCAAAUGGAGGACGACGUCCGGCGAGAGCUGCAGGAAAAAGUGGCGCGAGGAGUCCUGCAGCGCCACCUGCUGAUAAUGGACCGGGAUCAGUGGGAGUACUGCCAGGCGCUCGCUCGCUCCGCCGGCUUCCCUCCGCUGCGUCCGGUCGUACGCAGCCUGUACGAGGAGGUGUGGCGACAGCGACGGAUUCACCCCGAAAACUACCGGAACAACAAAUACAGACUGAUCAGCGACACACAGUGGGAGCUGAUGGACUGAUGGAACGUUUUACAGCCGCUGCACAAAAACACCACAGUUUAUACGUCAUGUGUCGUAUGUUGGCGGAUAGUCGGUCGGUCCAGAAAUACAUCAACAACCGGAACAGACAUUCAUGUCCCUCAGAGGAUGAAUCCUGCUGACUGUGAAGCUCAAAUGUUUUGAUUCAAACUGAAAUAUCUCAUCAACUAUCAGAUGAGUUGCCGUGAACUUUGGUUCACAUAUUCAAGUUCUCUUUAGGAUGAAUUUCUGAAAAUUAUGUGAUCCCUUAAUGUUUCAUCCAGCGCCAUCUUCAGGUCAAAAUGUUUCACCAUAUUAGCAUUAAAAAGCUUUUUACAAACAAACAUUUAAUAAAUGGUUUAUAAUACACCAUAAUGCAGUUAUAAGCAGAUAUAAGGACAU